AUGAUUAGAGGUCGUGUCGAUCGAGUGGUAUAUAAGUGUCAGCACUGGUCGACGCGAAACGCAUUCGCAACGGGAUUGGAGUCGGAGUUGGAUUCGAACGCAAACCAAACAACGCAACCAACGCUACAACUAAGCCAUACAACACUAGUUUGGCCGACACUAACACCACAUCUUACAGUGAAUGGUAUACCCAUUGAGCGAAAGUUUGUGGCGACAAAUAUGGCCGCCAGUGAUCACCAGUGCGUCGCCAGUCCUCAGCCCUCGGCCACCGCCGGACAGUCGGCCGCCACUCCCGACCCGCCCGUAGCCACGCCCACUCCCAACGCCAUCGACACCGCGGGGCCCACCAUCGAGGCCGCCAACGACCCCAACCAACACAAUGACCACUCACUACCGCCACUCACGGCCGCACUCAUCCCCACCUCAGCCCCCAUCGCGACGCCCACACCCGUGGCUGUACUCGUGGCCACACCUGUGCUGACGCGUCCGGUCGCGCGCGCAGUGCCGGCCGUGGCUUCGGUGGACCGAAAAAUGGUGACCCGAAGCAAACUCGGGGUUUCGCUGCGGCGGCCCAACAAAGACCUGCCGCAGACCAUCGCCUCCGCCGCCACUCAACCCCCGAAACGCGUGGCACUCAACCAAUCCAUGAAAUUCUGUUUGGAUAUUAUACGCGAGUUAUUGACCAAAAAGCACAGGGACUACGCCUGGCCUUUCUAUGACCCCGUGCCCACUCAACAGUACCCCGAUUACCUCGACAUCGUCAAGAAGCCCAUCGAUCUAAACACCAUUAAGAUAUUUAAUUGUUUUAUCGAUGACUACGGCCGACGACCGACAAAGAUAGAGACGGGUCAGUACAAGACGGUUAAGCCGUUCGUCAAAGACAUGCAAGUGAAGAAACGACACUAUCUUUUGAGGGGACGGAAAGAAAACUUUUUUUUAUGA